GCUAUUCCUGCCAUCCAGUAUCGUGCUGCCUCAGGAAUCGGCCUGGUUCUUCUUCGCUCUGAGGCUCCGCGUUGAUUUUGCGCGCUUCUUCAAGUGGUGACGAUUCUAAUUUCACUCAGUCUCCCUCGACUUUAGUUUGUCAGUGUCACGCUGCUUGAAAAUAUGUCGGAUCUGGAGAAAGCACGCGUCUCCACCAAGGAGCUCGACGAAGAGAACCCCAUCGUCGGGAGCAUUUCGGCGGCGCCGACGAUCGCCAACGAGAGCGACGUGAUCAUCGUUGAAUUUGAGGAGAACGAUCCUCGCGCGCCCAUGAACUUCUCCUACUCCAAAAAAUGGGCCAUCACCAUCGUCUCUGUCGCAUUUACUGCCAUAAUUUCCGCAUCCUCAUCCUCCUACUCCUUCGGCUACGACACAAUGAUCGCCGAGCUCCACUGCACCACAAUGGAGGCAACGCUCGGCCUCAGCCUUUUCACCCUCGGCUUCGCCAUCGUCCCGCUCGUCUCGUCCUCGUUCAGCGAGGAAUUCGGGCGCAGACCCGUCUACCUCGUCUCCGCCGCGUGCUUCCUCCUCUCGCAGGUCAUGGUCGCGCUAGCGCCAAACAUCGCUGUGGUCAUCGUCGGCCGAUUCCUGAAUGGCGCGUUCGGCUCGACGGGCGCCGUACUCGUCGGCGGGACCGUUGCGGACGUUUGGGAGCCUGCGCAACGCGGCCUCCCGAUGUCCAUGUACAGCCUCACCGCGCUCUUCGUCACCUCGGCCGGCCCCGUCGUCUCCGGCUGGAUAGACGCGAACCCGCACAUGGGCUGGCGCUGGAUCGCGUGGAUGAACGCCAUAUUCGGCGGCGCAUACCUCCUCUUCGCGCUCGUGCUCACCAAAGAAACGCGCGCGACGAUUAUACUAGCCAAGAUCGCGCGGGCGAAGCGCAGGGAGACGGGCGACGGGCGGUAUCGCGCGCGUUCGGAGGUGGAUAAUGUCGGGUUUUGGACGAUGGUCAGGAUCUCGUGCACGCGGCCUUUGUAUCUGUUGUUCACCGAGCCGGUCGUUUUCGUGUUCAGUCUGUGGAUAGGCUUCGCGUGGGGCAUUCUCUACGCCAUGAUCGAGUCGAUCGGCUCCCUGUUCAAGAGCGUCUACGGCUUCUCCACGGGCGACACCGGCUCCGUCUUCACCGCCCUCUGCAUCGGCUCCCUCUUCGGAUGCGCCCUCAACGCCUACCAAGAAACCAUCUACCGCCGCAAAUACGCCUCCCGCGGACCCGAAGCGCGCCUGUACGUCGCACUGGGCGCAGCCCUGCUCUUCCCCGCCGGGAUGUACAUCUACGCAUGGACCGCGUUCCCGCACGUCACGUGGGUCGCGCCCUGCGUCGGGCUCGCGGUGUUCAUGUGCGCGACGUACGUGAUCUACCAGACGGUGUUCGUGUACCUCGCGGACUGCUACGGCCGGUGGGCAAGCUCGGCGCUCGCGGGCCAAAGCUUAUUUCGGAACAUUAUGGGCACGGUCUUCCCCCUGUUCACGACACAGAUGUACAGUAACCUGUCGUAUAAAUGGGCUAAUACGCUCUUUGCGGUCAUCGCGACGCUCAUGAUACCCAUACCCUAUGUUCUAUUUUUCUAUGGAUCGCGGAUCAGAGCAAAGAGCAAGAUCUCGCAGAAGAUCACCGCCGAUGACGACGUCAAGCCUUCCAAAUAACCUCUACGUGAAACCAAAACGCGUUACCCUUAGACUCGAUUCGGGCCCCCGACCUCGCACUCAUUUCUCGGUAUCUUAUUUGGGCAGGAAGGAAAAGGAUAAUUCCCCGUACUCACAUACAUCCAGCGCGGUGCUCGUACACGACGGCUUACGGCUCUGAACGAUAUUCAUGAGCACUCUUGUAAUCUAGUAAUACCUUCCACUCUGGUCUCUUCAUGGAGUCUGGGAUCGCAGAGUGUCGGAGAUAGACGGUACUCGUACAUUAGUACUCUCCAUGACUGAACGAUAUAGAACCCUUAGAUACAUAGUUGCAUAUCGUCAUAUACGUACUAUAAACGUUUG